CAGUUAUUUCCAGCAACAUGAAUUGGCUAUUAAUAGUUUUAGGUUUAAUUCUUGUUAAUUCCUGCGUAGGAGAAGAACCGAAAUGCGAUGGUCCAGUAAUUGCGUGUUAUUAUGCGAGCUGGUCGUAUUACCGUACUGAAGUCGGUCAUUACAACAUCAGCCACAUCGAUCCGAACCUCUGCACCCAUCUGAUCUACACGUUCUCCGGUCUGAACGUCGAUGGAAAAAUCGACUCUCUAGAUCCGAACUACGACGUAACCAAAGGCGGUUACCAGUACUUCAACAGUUUGAAACAAAUCAAUCCUUGCUUGAAGACGCUGCUAGCAAUCGGAGGAUGGAACGACGGCUCCAGGAAAUAUUCGGUCAUGGCGUCUUCAGAAGACAGCAGAAAAGUGUUUAUCGAGAGCGCUCUCAGAUACAUCGUCACGUAUAAUUUCGACGGUUUGGAUAUCGAUUGGGAAUACCCGGCGAAUCGUGGCGGAAUCGCCGAAGACAAGGAGAACUUUUCGUUGCUGGUGAAAGAGAUGAAGGAGAGAUUCAGCAAAUGGAAUUUACUUCUGACGAUCGCCGCUCCGAUCAGUCAGUACAUUUUGGAGAAGGCCUACGAUAUCGCAGCAAUUAACAAAUACAUCGAUUACGUUUUUCUCAUGGCUUACGAUUACACUCCAACUGAUUCCAAUGUGACUGGAUUAAUUGCACCUUUAGACGAGAUUAAAAAAACUGUUGAAUUCUGGUUGAGCAAGCAAUUCGACAAGAAGAAAUUGGUACUGGGAAUGCCCAGUUACGCGAGGACUUUUGUGCUGGACAACGAAGAUGAUCAUGAUUUAGGCGCUUUGACAGAAGGACCUGGACUUGCUGGUCCUUAUACCAAAGAAGCAGGAUUCUUAAGCUAUUAUGAACUACAAAUUAAUUUGGCUUCGCAACUUUACGAAGAAAAUGUAACGGAUAACGGAGCUUACGGUUACUAUUCGACCGAAUGGAUGAGUUACGAUACUUUGGAUCAUUACAUAGCUAAAACUAAAUACGCGUUGGACAUGAAUCUUGGAGGUGUCAUGCUUUGGUCCAUCGAUACUGAUGAUUUCACCGGGUUUUUUGGACCUAAAAACAUAAUCCUCACCACAUUAUACAACACCACACAGGAUUACGUAAAUCGUCACAUAAACUAAGUAAUUUAAUAUAAUUUUUACUGUUUUAUAUUUAUA